GAGAGAGUGAAUGAGUGAGCGAGUGUGAAGUUAAGUUUGGGUAUGUGUACGUUUUGUUGUAUGAAUGCAUGCGUGUACACUUGUAUAUAGUAGCGUAGUUUGUUGUUAUGUACGUAUAUUGUGUUAGAUAAUUGCAAUUAUUUCGUUACUUAACUUCCAGUAUUGGAUUUUACUUGUGUAGUUAGCCGAAUACUAGCCUGUUGACAGAAACUAGCAACAGAAAUGCAAAUGAGAUUGGUCGGCAACAAUCUGAUUUAAACUAGCUGUUUGCAUACUUAACGACAAUAUUUACUUCUUAGUGAUAACCUCGCAACUAUAUUUUAGUGUAAGUUCCGGUUGUUGGCAGUUUGGGAGUCACAUGGUGGACGAAGGCUGCGUACUGAAAUGACAAUGAAGGUUGUAGAAAGGAAUGUGAUGCGACUGGCAGUCGUGCAGCAUCUUCGAGCCACAUACAACAUCAAAACAAAAAACUGGAACAAAAACAAAGCGAGCAAGCUGCUGCCAAUAACUCAGUCGGUGAAGGUGUUUGGGGUAGCACUUGAAAGCCUGCCUUAUUGCCCUCUCCUUGAUUAUGGCACUGUUCCAACUUUUCUUGUGGAUGCGUGCACAUACCUCCUGGUCCAUGCAAACACGGAGGGUUUGUUCAGAAAGUCUGGCUCCAUUGUUCGUCUGAAGGCUCUCCGGGCCAAGCUUGAUCAGGGAGAGGACUGCCUGUCUUCCGCCCUGCCCGUGGAUGUGGCCGCUCUCCUCAAGCAGUUCUUCAGGGAGCUGCCGGAGCCUGCGCUGCCCAGCGAGCUGCACGCCGCCCUGCUGAAGGCCCAGGAGCUGCCCACGCCGGAGGAGAGGACCUCCGCCACCAUGCUGCUGUCCUGCGUGCUGCCCGAACGAAAUGUCAACACGCUGCGCUACUUCUUCAGCUUUCUGCAGAGCGUGUCUGAGAGAUGUGCAGAGAACAAGAUGGACAGCAGUAACCUGUCUGUGAUCUUCGCCCCCAACCUGCUGCACGGUACUGAGGGGGCGGACAAGAUGAACGCCGGCACGGAGAAGAGGCUCAAACAGCAGGCCGCCAUAGUGCACUGCUUCAUACAGAACGCUAAAGACUUUGGUGUAGUCCCCCAGUUCCUCCAGGAGAAGGUGCCCUCCAUGCUGGGCUGUGACAACGGCCUCUUCUCCCCCACGCUGGAGCACGGCCACGAGGAGAAUAACAACGGGGUCAGCUCAGGCCACAGGAGGACCACCAGGCGCAGCUUUGGAGUCUUCUCCUCCGCCACCCCUGUGAUCAUGACUCCCAACACCAAGCGUAAGCUGCCUAUGGACUCGGGUCAUAACCUGGAGUCAUCCCAUAAGAAGCGGCGGUCCGUCAAGAAGAAUCUGGGCAUCGAGCUGUUGCCUAGCGCCUUGUUUGGUGCCCCUUCCACACCAGGAUCUAUCCACAGUGCCUCUGGCUGCUCUCCCUCCGUGUCCACGGGCCGCAGCACCAGGCUCACCGCCAGCUCUGCCCGCCGCAAGAGCAAGAGGCUCAGCUACAGAACGCACCAGAUCAGCAGGCACGAGUCUGGCAAGACGGGCUGCUUCUCCCCCAAGGUCCACAAGAAAGACGCCCCUAGGAAGUCUCUUCGCCUGCGCUUCAGCCUGGGCAAGGGCAUCAAAGAAUCUACGUUUGGGUCCCAGACCCUGGCGGCGGCGCCCAAGGGAUCAGAGAGCAUUGGCUGGCGCCUAGCAACGCAGGAGAGCACCACCAGCUUUCAGUUCAGCAAAGAGCUGGAUAGUAGCCCAGCUGUUGUGUUGCACAACAAGCACGCGUGUAAAGCCACCAAGUUCAUCAGCAAGUCCGAGGACAACCUGCUGUCCCCGCAGCGAGGCCCAGCCGACGACCACCACAGCUCCUGGAACGGCAACACGGAGACGCCAGACAACCGCGGAGGCCGCCCACCACCCUACCUGCACGACUCCUCCUUCCCCGACACCCCCAUGAACGUGUGCCUGAAGAACAACUACUUCUCGGAGCCCGCCAUCGUCCACGCCAAGCCCCCUCCCAGCGCCUGCAGCCUUCCCAAGAGCCUCUGCUGUGCCACCAGCUCCGAGAGCCUGGACAGUGCUUCUCCCUCCUCAGCAGACGGUGAGGUCGGUGCCAAGGCUGUGACCGGACCACCCACCCUGCUGAAGAUCAAAAGGACGUCUGGUAGCGAAUCUACCGAUGACCUGCUCACUGUGGUGAACGAACACGCCACUGCCCCCUCUGGACAGGAGGAGUCAGUGCAGGACAAGUGCUCCCACAGCGAUGGGGCCCAGGCGUCUGUGACGAACGACAGUCUGGAGACGCCAAAGAGCAAAGGCUGCUCUGACGUCCCUUCUGCUUCUCACAAGUGCGUGCUACUGGACGAGCAAAACAUCACGUUCGGACAGAUCGAAAUCGUGCCCCUGUCGCCCCUGCACAUCGACAGCGCGUUGUUUGAGAGCGGAGGGUGCUGGGAGCGCAGAGACUCGUACAGGACCGCAGCAGACAUGUCCACGCGCGCCGUCUACGGCAGCUGCGACAGCCUGGACCGCACGGACAUCCAAGACAUACCCGAGGCGAUCAACUGCAGCCAACUGGUGGAUGCCCUGGACGUCCAGAGUCCCGUGGUGUUCCGGUUGGGUUCUGCUGCAUGCCAGUCCACACCGCACCGGGCCCAGAAAACGCUGUUCAAAGAACCGCUGCCGGUACCGCAAGAGCAGUCUCCCUCCGGUUCUAAAACGGACCCGGAACCAAACGCGGUCGAGGAGAACGGGGAGCUGUCUGCUGCGGCUCAGGACAGGGCGGUGCGAGAGAUUCGUGCCCUGAAGGUGGCGGAACAGAUCCAGAAGUUUAACAUGCUGACUCUGAAGUCGCCUCAGGUGAAGAAGGUGCGCUCGCCGAUCAAGUUCCAGAGGACGCCCGUGAGGCAGUCGGUCCGGCGCAUCAACUCCUUCCUGGAGAACUCCAGAAAGCCCGGCGCCCAGGCGGCGGACUCCUCCAUGACCAAGCCCGGGCCCAUGCUUAAAGCCGCCAGUCUGGACGCGGGGCUGGCCACGGUCAAACCUCUGACUCUGCCUGCAGAUCCGCCUGCCGACAGCAAGGUGGCGCCACCUGCCAAGGUGCCAUCCUUCUCCAAAAAGACCAGGCCGCCAGUGCCGCCCAAGAAAGUGUCCAUCUGUCACCCGUCUCAGAUCCCGGCGCUGGGAGACCUGACCAAUAAGGUGGCUCAGAGGGCCAAAGCGGACACGCCAUUAUCCAAUAAGAGUGCGGCGGCGGCGGAGCCCCAGAAACCUGGCUCGGCCGCACUGCAGGUGGCCGAGAGGGAGGCUGUUCAUUAUCGGGGAUCCCCCAGGCACCCUCUGGUGGGAGGUACUAGGCUACUGUCUGCCACCAAGCCCAUAGACCUGUGAGGUCCACCUCCCCUCUCCCUCUUCCUCUCCCACACCCUUCCUGUUCUUGAGCCCAGGGGCCCUAAGAGGGCCUUAGACUUUUUCGUGACUUUGGACUUGACCUUGACCUCGCAAACAUUUGCUUAUGUUACUCUAGCUCCUCAUCCUUUUCAGGGGUUUGUCUUAAUUUAUUUUUAUAUUCCCAUUUUAUUCUCGUAGAGCAGCUUUGAUUAUUGUUGUGGGGUGAGUGUGGUAAGAGUUUUUUUAUUAAUGUAAAUGUGUAUGUUCGUUGUAUGACUGUAAAGGUUAUGAUACAGAGGGCAAUUUUUUGAGCGAUAUUGCAAGGCAACAACAUGAUGUGGUCAGCAGCAGACAAUUAAAAAAAAAAACAUUCCCACCCAGAAACUGGGAACCAAAGUCCUCCUGAUAAGUGUUCUAGAUAAAAGGCUCCAAACAACAUAUUGUAGAAGUAUCGUUCUAUAGACACAUUGCUCAAAAGUUUCCCUGUGUACCAUUUACUUUUAAAGUUAGACUUUGUUAGCAUGAGAAGUAACUGUACAGUGAGUUAGUGUGCCAGAGAAGUAGAGUGGAUGAGUAGGUGUUUUGUCCCGAGUGAGUGUUGACGCCUUUUCUGCUGAGCUGAUUCGACUUAAUUUGCUUUAUUUAUGUCUUGCAUGACCUUUUUUCAAAAUGCUGGAGAUGAAAUGGUAAAAAAUUAUGAAGAAAUGUCAGUAUUACCUUUUUGAAAUCUACAUCGAAAUUUCUGUCAAAUGUGUCACCAAAACUUGUCUGAAAUUGGGUUUAUACAAAGUUCUUUUUGAUUUUUCUAUUGGCAUAUAAACAAUAUUUUGAGAUCCA